UAAGUCCAUAAUUUACAGGCCUGGGAAGGAAGGGCUUAUGAUUACUGCAUGGAAAAUCUGAGAAGUGUGGGUUUCCCUGUGGAUGGGCUUGCAUUUGACCCUGAACUGGUGAUUAGAGGUCUUGUAAUAGACAAAGAGAAAGGUAACCUAGUUAAAGCAGAUAGAUUUGGGUAUAUUAAGAGGGCAAUGCAUGGAACGAGAAUGCUCUCAACUCGAGAAGUGAGUGAGAUUUACGGGAGAGAACUGGUUGAUCUGCGUAAGGAGAGUAGAUGGGAGUUCCUCAAUACACUAUUCUCAGUUUCAGAAGCAGUGGCUUAUAUGCAGAUGGUAGAUAGGCUGGAUGAAGGAGUUAUAGGACCAGAUCUCUGUCCACUUGAUUAUAAAGGGCUUUACAAGGCUGUUGGUAAGGCACUCUUCAGAGCACAUGUAGAAGGUCAACUGAAGAGCGAGAUAAUGUCCAAACCUGAACUAUUUGUAGAGCCUGAUCCUGAGCUACCUUUGGCAUUAUUGGAUCAAAAGGAGGCUGGGAAGAGGCUAUUGCUGAUUACAAAUUCAGAUUAUCAUUACACAGACAAAAUGAUGCAGCAUUCGUUCAAUCGGUAUCUUCCCAAUGAUAUGAACUGGCGAGAUCUAUUUGAGAUGGUUAUAGUCUCAUCUAGGAAGCCAGAAUUCUUCCAAAUGUCCCACCCAAUGUAUGAAGUAGUGACUGGUGAAGGUCUAAUGCGCCCUUGUUUUAAGGCUCGCCCAGGUGGAUUGUACUCUGGAGGAAGCGCUCAGAUGAUUGAGAGUUCGCUCAAUGUCCAUGGAGAUGAAAUCUUGUAUGUUGGUGAUCAUAUAUAUACAGAUGUAAGCGUAUCCAAGGUCCAUCUCCGGUGGAGAACUGCUUUGAUUUGUCGAGAACUAGAAGAGGAGUAUAAUGCCUUAAUUCAUAGUCAACAACAUCGAGCUACUUUGAUAGAUCUUAUCAAUCAAAAGGAGGUUCUAGGUGAUCUUUUUAACCAACUUAGGCUUGCUCUUCAGAGGAGAACCAUGGGACGUCCUGCACAGGUAAGUUUGCUAUAUCUACCAUAUAUAUAUUCUUGCUUUUUUGUAGAUUAACCUUAAAUAUUCUUC